CUCGCCGGUUUCGGGGCUACGAGGGUGGCGACUGUGGUAGAACAAAAUGGGUGCUCAGCAGGCCAAGGAACGCGGCACGACCAGCGGCGCGUCCAUGCGAUCGGCGAGGAACAAGCCUCGGGUGCCCAAAGACCCCCGCAUGCUAGGCUCGAAUAUUUUUACAGAACACAGCGAGGCCCUACUUCAGAGUCGGCCUUUACCGCAUAUUCCAGACUUACCGGAUGGUGAAGGCGCCUCCGCCGCGCCUGCUACCCCACAACCCCUCGACACCGCCAACAGAUGGACUUCGAAAGAGAACUUGUUAGCGCACCACGAAGAAGAUGAUCCUCAACUUUUCGUCGCUCUUUACGAUUUUCAAGCUGGAGGUGAAAAUCAACUUAACCUCAAGAAAGGCGAGCAAGUACGUAUAAUGAGCUACAAUAAGAGCGGAGAAUGGUGCGAAGCACACACUUUGUCUGGGGGCGUGGGCUGGGUGCCCAGUAACUACGUGACGCCCGUCAACUCACUGGAGAAGCACUCCUGGUACCACGGUCCCAUAUCGCGAAAUGCUGCUGAAUAUCUACUCUCAUCCGGUAUCAAUGGAAGCUUUCUUGUACGAGAGUCCGAGUCGAGCCCUGGCCAAAGAAGUAUAUCACUUCGCUACGAAGGACGCGUCUACCAUUACCGUAUUAACGAAGACUCAGAUGGAAAGGUGUACGUGACAUCGGAGUCGAAGUUCGGAACGCUAGCGGAGCUGGUGCAUCACCACUCGGUGUUGGGCGACGGCCUGAUCACUCAGCUCCUGUAUCCGGCGCCGAAGCGCAACAAGCCGACCGUGUUCCCGCUCGCUCCACCGGACGAGUGGGAAAUAGACCGCACCGACAUCGUUAUGAAGCACAAGCUCGGCGGUGGUCAGUACGGCGACGUAUACGAGGCCGCUUGGAAGAGAUGUAACACUACGGUGGCUGUGAAAACUCUAAAAGACGAUACGAUGGCUCUGAAAGAUUUCCUCGAAGAGGCUGCCAUCAUGAAGGAAAUGCGUCACCCGAACCUCGUUCAACUUCUGGGUGUAUGCACCCGGGAACCGCCCUUCUACAUUAUAACGGAGUUCAUGAGCCGCGGCAACCUGCUCGACUACCUGCGGACCGGCAACCGCGAGCACAUCGAUGCGGUUGUGCUCAUGUACAUGGCAACCCAGAUCGCUUCCGGAAUGAGCUACCUUGAGAGCCGCUCGUUUAUACACAGGGACCUGGCAGCUCGGAACUGCCUCGUCGGUGAUAAUCACCUCGUGAAGGUGGCCGACUUCGGUCUCGCCCGUCUUAUGCGCGACGACACUUACACUGCCCAUGCAGGGGCGAAGUUCCCCAUCAAGUGGACAGCUCCCGAAGGAUUGGCGUACAACACCUUCAGUACCAAAUCAGACGUGUGGGCCUUCGGGAUCCUGCUCUGGGAGAUAGCUACGUAUGGCAUGUCUCCAUACCCAGGAGUCGAUCUUGCCGACGUUUACCACAUGCUAGAAAAGGGCUAUCGCAUGGAGUGCCCACCUGGCUGCCCUGCCGCAGUCUAUGAGCUAAUGCGCGGCUGCUGGCAGUGGAACCCUGCGGAUAGACCUUCCUUCCGCGAGAUACAUCACGCUCUCGAGCACAUGUUCCAAGACAAUUCCAUUACUGAAGAAGUGGAGAAGCAACUGCAGGAGGGCGUGUGCGCGGGCACGCCGCAGAUGUCCGCGAAGAAGGCGGCCGCGGCCGAGCGCGGCGUGCAGAUGCGGCGCCCGACCAACCGCCGCGGCAAGCAGGCGCCCACGCCGCCCAAGCGGACCAGCCUAUUGUCGUCAUGCAGUUCUUUCCGUGAAUCGCAGUACGCGACCGAGGAGCAAGGCGGCCACGACGACGGGCUCGCAUCGCUCAACGGCGGGGGUCGAGGCGGGGGUCGUGAGGCAUCAUCCGAAGGGUCGUUGGCGGAGGCGACGCCUGAUACCGACGAGUCAGGCGGUAUAGGAGUUCCCGAACACAGACACCGCUCAAAGCGGCGACACCAUGUUCACGCGCAGCCCACACACCACCCGCCGACGCACGACCUGCAACCGAAGCCUGGGGUACAAGUUGCGGCACUCGAGGUACAGAAUGUAAAACGGGCUAUAAAUCGAUAUGGUACCUUACCAAAGGGAGCUCGAAUUGGCGCUUAUUUAGAAUCGUUACGACAAAGCGGUGGAGCCGGCACCAACCCGCAAUGUGGCAGCAUUCCCCGAGAGCCGCAGCAGGACGAGGCGCGGUCCCUGUCCCCGCGGACGGCUCGAGCGCAACCGCACAUGAUUCGCUCAAACUCGUCCGGUGGCGUCACUGCUCCCGCACCCGCCUCUCCCCGCGCCUCCCGGGCCGCGCCUCCCCUGCGAUCCUUCGCCAACAGCCCUGCAAAACCGAGGCCUAGGCUGGCGGAGCUCGAGUUCCCUCCCCCGCCUCCCGACCUCCCGCCCCCGCCCGAAGACUCGGCGCAGCCCCCGCCUCCGCCACCGCCGCCCGAUUGUUGCCGUGAUGCCGGCACCGACACGGCGGAUAGGCUCGAGGACAGUUCGAUCGUAUUACAUGAUCGUUUCGAGGCAGAAGAGAAACCUGCUAAACAGAUCAUGAAAGAGAUGCUCGAGUUGAAACUCGUUGCCGAAAUCAAGGAACGCGCCGAUAAAAAGAAACAUAAAUUAAAAGAAUCACCGCCGUCUAACGAAGUCAUUGAGAUGCACACUUCGUUUGGUGAUCCCGUCACGCGUUUAGUGUCCGAACUUUCGGAGAGUUUGAAUAUAGAAGCACUGCGUAAAGCAGAAAAGAAAACAGAGCCACCUAAAUCUAUCGACAAUGGGAAAGAGUCUAUAUCUCCGAUAGAUCUCAAGGCGAGUCUUAGGAAGACGUCCUACUCCAAUAAUGUGGAAAAGAAAUCAGAAUUAGAAGGUAAAACUGAUUUCAAAUCGCAGCUCAAGAAAGUUGAUACAAAUAAAAUAAACAGCGCAUCCAAAGAUACGGAGGAACCAGGACGCUCGAUAAUCGAUUUCAAAUCGCGAUUGCGGAAAGUGGACGGCGGAACACCUGCGACAAACGGCACUAAUAAAAAAACGGAUCAAAGCUCCCCAGAGGAUUCUAGAAAAGACGUCUCGAAUAAAAGCGACGAUUCGGAUAAAAAACGUUCGGAAAGUGGAUCGCUGGACACCAGCGGUGGUGACGAGGAUGACAAAAGACGAAGUACUGGUAGCAUAAGCAGUUUGAAGAAACUAUGGGAGAGCAAGGAAACCGAUGAGCGACUCAGUCCAAAAAUGAAACCAAAAGGAGAAGAGAGUGAAGAAGGUUCACCGGAAGAAAGAAGUGGCGCUAUGGUUGGUAGGAGCGGCAGUGUUCAAGUGCGACGAGGUGAAGAUAAGCCAGUAGUGGCCAGUAAGCCCAUGAUGCGCGCGCGACCCCUAGGGAAAGGAGGAAUAUAUGCGACUCCACUUGCGCCUCCUGGAACCUUCGAUGCUGACGAUGGUGAUGCACUGUCAGCUCUAAAGGCAUCACUGGAGUGGUGCACGAAUGAGGUGCGUCGCGGCUGCGGCGGCACGGGCGGCGGUCGCGGCUCACUGUGGCGACUGCAGACGUCGGAGCGGCUCGCGCGGCUGGGCGGCGAGUGCGCGGCGGCGGCGGGCGCGGGCCGCUGCGCGCCGCAGCUGCGCGUCCAGCUGCGGGCGGCGGCCGCGCGGCUCGAGGCGGAGGCGCGCGCGCUCGCCUCGCCCGCGCCGCACCACCACCACCUGGCGGACGGCGUCGAGCAGGCGCUCAGGGACCUCGCCACCAUCGUGCACAGGUGA